AUGUCAGCUAAUUUAUGGGAUGAUUCUGACUCAGAUGACGACUUGCCAGCUGAAUGGGAACAGACUAUUCAGGGCAAUUUCGUUGUAUACUACAAUCGCUUAACAGGAUUUUCUCAAAGAAUACAUCCAAUUUCUGGCCGUGUUAAGCGAUUGUCAUCUGCUUUACCCAAAGGUUGGUCAUCAUGUGUUGACACGUCUGGAAGAAUAGUCUAUUCGAAUUCAGAAACUGGGUGCUCAACUUAUUCAGAUCCUAGACUUGCAUCAGCUUUGUUGACCUACCCUAGAAAGUCCAACCCAAUCCAUCAAUUCAAAUUUGACAAGUUUUCCAGUGCAAAUGAUAUAUUGUUGAAUAAAGAUCUUCGUGGUUAUUAUGCAGUUGUGACCAAUUCAGGAUGCGGUCUUGGUUUAUCGGUUGCGCUUCAUCUCAUCCGACACGGUGCAGUUGUUAUAUGCGCUUGUUCUAAGUGUCCAGAAAACGCUAUCCCUUUGUUCAAUAAAACCAAGUCACUUAAAGAAAAGGAGACAGUUUUAAACUUGAGUGUACCAAACUUAGUUAAUGAAUAUUCUAGUCAACUUUUUUGGAUACCUUACAACCCUUUAAAACUUUCCAGCAUUAUAGAGUCUGUUCAAAUAUUACAGUCACAGAACUGGCCUCUUCAUGCUUGUAUCAUCACCGAUGAUAUGCUCCCACCCGUUACUGAGUCGUAUUUCCUUCAUCUUAAAAGGUUAGGAUUAAGUUUGGAGAGACUGAUUCCUGUUAAUGUUGCACAUUGGUUCAUAUUUGUCUUCAGAUUUUUGAAAAAUUAUGAAAUAAAAGUUUUCAAAAUACUUGGGAAAAUUUUACCUUCUAUGUGGAUUUCUCCUCAUUCAUGUGAAUGUUCACCUGAAACUUUUCCAUCGUUGACUGCUGAUGGAUAUGAAAUUUCAAUACAGUUUAAUUAUUUGGCUCCUGCCCUAUUUUUAGAUGAACUUUUUAAAGCAAGAUUUAUUUAUUCUUCACCUCCUCCACCUUUUCCAAACAGUUCAGUAUUUGAUAAACUGAAUCUUCGUGUAGUGAUAGUCACAUCAGAAGUUCACAAAGACAGCAACUUGCAACACAGCAUCAACCAGCCAAGCAUUCUAAAAGUCCUUCAAUUGGUUCCUACAUCUUUAACGGAAAGAAUAAAACAGUAUGCUAAUUCUAAAUUAUGUUUGUUGUUAUUCGUUUAUAAAUAUCAACAGUAUAUGAGUGAAUGCAGUAAAGUGAGGCAAGCCUCAUUUUCUAUGCCGUCAAUACUUGCAUGUACUGGAUCUGAUCCAUUUGGUGUAAAUUGUAUCAAAAGAUCUAUCAGAAAUCUUUGCUACUGGUGUUUACAAAAUCCGAUUCUUAUGCUAAUGCAAGUAGUAUACCUUCUGUCAAGACCAUUUGGUAUGUGUUUGGAUCAAAUGGCAGCCAAUCCUAUUUUUUGUGUCAUGGAUAAGUUUACAAGUAUGCAACAUCCAACUUUCAGGUAUUCAAAGAUGAUCCCAUAUAUCGAUAAGUGCAGACCCUCAACAUCAUUACUGGAGACACUGCCAACGGGGAAUUAA